AUGCUGUCCCGUCGCCUCUUACUCCCCAAAUCAAUACACCACCUCCGCCCUCUCCGCCCGCCCAAUCGCUCUCCGUCCAACCCCCGCCUCUUCACCCAAAACACCUCCCUCCUCCUCAUAGCCCGCCACACCCCUCGACCCCAACUCCCCUACCUCUCCCAGCCCACCGCGAAACACUCCGCCACCCGUCUCAUCUCCACCGAAACCCGCGCCUACGUCCGCGAAGUCUCGCUGCAAUCUGUGAAAUGGACCGGCAUCAUAUUCGUCUUCAUGCUACUCGGCGGCGUCGCGCUUGAGGGAGUCAAGAUGGAGUCGGAUGAGCGCGAGCACCCGACGCCGGGAGAGUGGAAGUUCUUGACGCGCCAGGCGUUGCGGAUGGCAAGGGCGGGCACGAAGGUGGUGGAGGAGCAGAGGGCGCCGAUUGUGGAUUGGCCAAUGGUUGGGGGGCAGGUGAAGGAGUGCUUGAAGCGGUUGGAGGACUUGGAUGGAGAUGGAAAGGGAUUGGUCGUGCAGGGUGCUGAGGCAGGGGAUGAUGGGGCGCUGGUGAUUCCGGAGGUAGGGAGGGCGGGGUUUGAUGUGGAUGCGAAGAGCUAUGAGUGGAAGACGGGGUACUUUGAGGCUUUAAUGCUGGCGGCGACGGCGGCGGAGCAUUUGGAGAAUAUUGUGUUGGAUACGAGGAGGAAGAUGGUGUUUCCGAGAGAGGUCGUAGUUGGGCCUUCGAAUCCGGAUGCGAGGCCAACGCCGGUGUAUAUGGGGACGGCGCCGAAUGAGGAGGAUUGUGUAAAGUUCUACGAGCCGCCGGAGACGUUCUACAUGAGAAUGUUGACGACCAAGGGCUUCACUACGAGGCAGCGAUUGGAUGCUGCGGAAGGCUAUGCCAACUGGCUCGAGUUCAAGGGCCUGCAUGAGAGCGCCGAAGAAAUGUAUCGAUGGGGCAUCGACAUUGCCAAAUCGGCUUUGCCAAAUCCUCUGGAAGCUGCCGCUACCAUCGACCCAAAUACGAAUGUACUCAAGCCCGACGCCAGGUCAGCAGAAGUGACAUCCAACCUCCUCCGCGCGACUUCAGCCCUGGCCGUCCACCACGCCCGAACGAACAACAUUCCCUCCGCUUUGCCGAUCCUUCUAUCUGUUCUCCGCGCACGACGGAACGCGCCGCUCUCGCCAUAUCCUUACCAACCACAUCAAUCAGAUCCAAAUGCCAGCACAGACAUCGGCGCCGCCUUCUCCAUGGUCAAAGGCUGGAUCUCGCCCGCCAAGUUCCCGCCUCCACCACCCUCAGGCGACGAUCCACUCGUACGCUAUAGCUCGAAGCCUACCUGCGAGGAAGGCGAGUUGAUGGUGUACAUUGGCGAGAUCCUCUUUGCCUCCGCCCCAGAACGUGCAAGCGAAGGCGUAGGCUGGACAAGACAAGGUGUCCUUGUCGCCGAAGCAAAUCUUCAAAACCGACAGCAAGCGCAACGAGGCGCCGGCAAACCAGCAAUCACUACCGAGGACGGCGAAAACGAAGGCAGGAAGUGCAAAGAAUGCCUCCUCACCGGCGUCAAGAACUGGGAGCUCAUGCUGCAGCGACUCGCCACUUCCCGCGCUACCUCUACUUCACGAGAAGGCGGACGAAGCGCAGGCUGGCUGGAGUGGAGGGGAUGGUUCGGCGGUGAUGGUGGGGUGAAGGGGCAGACGAUGGAUGGGCUCGGCCAAGGCAUGCUGGAGGAAGAGCUGAAGCAGGUGGGGAGGUUGAGGGAGAGAAUUGUGAAGGAGAAUAUUGAGGCCGAGUUGGCUAAGGGGAGGGUUAGUGGGGCGCCUUGGUAUGGUUGA